CAGAGCGGCCAUGAUCAAAGUGAAAGGCACCCAACACGCGGGCGGGCUGUCUCCGCAAAGUUCUCCACUAUAAUGCUUGGUGGGGAACUAUAUAAUCUUCGCCUGGGAGCCCAGCGUUGACCAAGAGACUUCGCUACCCAAUCAUUUCUUGUCAACUGCUAAGCAACUUCUUGUCAACCACUAAGCAUCGCCACCCAUGGCCGACGCAAAGGAAGUCGAGACCCUCAACUCAGGCCCACCCGGCUACAACGAGAAGAUCGAGGAUUCGGCUACGAAGCACAAUGAGUUUCCCGUAGACACUGGUCGUCGCCAGUCGGUUGCUGUCAAUAUCGUCGAGAACCCGCUGAAGCGCGUCUCUCAAGAACAAGCUCAAGUCGACGCCGAAGCCUGGGCUGAGGCCAAUGGCAUGCCUGAACACAAGUCGCUCUUUGGCAGGGCAGCCUUGGUCGCGCGAGACCCCGAUCGCUUCGAGCGCCUCGGUGAUGCUCUUCCUGCUGAUGAGCGCGAUGCCCUGAUCUACGAGCGCGAUCACAAGUGGCACGGCUCCAAGAUGUUGUGGUACUCGAUCUCCCUGUGCGCUAUCGGUGCCGCAACCCAGGGUUGGGACCAGACUGGGGCCAAUGGCGCCAACCUGUCCUUCCCCCAGGAGUUUGGUAUCAACGAAGGUGCCAAGAACGAGUGGAUUGUCGGCCUCAUCAACUCUAUUAUCUUCUUGACUGCCGGUCUUAUCGGUGCUUUCAUCGUCGACCCACUCAACCACUGGCUCGGUCGCCGCGGAGAGAUAUUCGUCACGGCUCUCUGUCUCACGGCCACUCCUAUCGGUUCUGGAUUCGCCAGGACGUGGCAGGAACUCUUCGCCGCGCGUUUCGUGAUGGGCAUCGGUAUUGGUGCAAAGAAUGCCACCGUUCCUAUCUACAGUGCCGAGAUGGCGCCAGCCCGCAUCCGCGGCGCUCUUGUCAUGUUCUGGCAGUUGUGGGUUGUCAUUGGCAUCUUUCUCGGAUUCUGUGCCAAUGUCAUUGUUAAGGACACAGGUGACAUCGCCUGGAGGCUGCAGUUGGGCUCUGCGUUCAUCCCCUCUUUUAUCCUGGGCGUGGGUAUCUUUUUCUGCCCAGAGUCUCCUAGAUGGCUCAUGAAGCACGGAAAGAUGGCCAAAGGUUUUCAAUCAAUGGACAAGCUGCGCGCCCACAAGAUCAUCGCGGCCCGUGACUACUACUACUCCAACGUCAUCUACGCUGAGGAGCUCCGUGUCGCCGGUGACAGCAAUUACUUCUCCCGUCUGCGCGACUGCUUCACCAUUCCUCGCAUUCGACGCUCCAACUACGGCGCCUCCACUGUUAUGCUUGCGCAACAAAUGUGCGGUAUUAAUAUAAUUUCCUUUUAUUCGUCAUCAAUCUUCGAGCAAGUCGGUUACAGCGCCACAGAGGCACUUUACGCUUCCCUCGGUUACGGUGCGAUCCAGGUCGUCUUCACAAUCCCCACACUGUUUCUUAUCGACACCAAGGGUCGUCGAACGCUGUGUCUCAUCACAUUUCCGCUGAUGUGCAUCUUCCUCCUAGCCGCUGGUUUGUCGCUCCUCAACAACGAUGAGACCUUGAGCCGAGGCGCGCGCAUCGGUCCUGUGGUGCUCUUUGUCUACCUUUUCACCAUCAUGUACUCUUUGGGCGAGGGACCGGUGGCAUUCCAAUACAGCGCAGAGGUUUUCCCCACGAUCCACCGUGAGCAGGGCAUGGCCUGGGCUGUGUGCAUCAACAACACCUUUGCCGGUAUUCUUGGCCUCACGUUCCCGCGUAUGCAAUCCGUCAUGACGCAGACUGGUGCAUUCGGUUUCUAUGCUGGAUUGAACCUGAUUGCCUGGUUCAUGAUCUUUGCCUUUGUGCGUGAGACGAAGCAGCUUACGCUCGAGGAGAUCGACCAGGUUUUCUCGGUCCCGACCAAGCAGUUCCUCGGCUACGAGAUGAAGGUCUGGCUUCCAUACUUCAUCAAGCGCCACCUGCUCCGCCAGAAGGUUGUUAAGCCGCCGCCGAUCAUCGAGAAGGCCGGCAGCACCGACUCUCUCCCCACAGCCUAGAUGCCUGGGACGAGACGAGCGUGCUUGUAUACGCUGCGCUGUGUGAUACAUCGGAAUGUGUAGACCACAUAAACGGAUGGACUUGAUAAAUAUAGACUCUAGAGUCAGCCUUGUGCAUAACGGUAGAUGCAGUUCGAAGAGCGAACUGUUACGACACCCCAACGAUAAGGACACCCUUUCUCACUUUCGACCAUACUUCUAUCCCCGUAAUCCCCUUCUAAAUCCAAGCUUGACAAAAAGACACCAACUGCACUUAGAAAUGUCGAAUAAGAAGAGUCAGGUGCUCAAAGAUACCACAGUCAUGAGUUUAGUGUGGACUAGCAGACUGCUAAAAGGACCAACGUUCCUCGCCCAGCACAGCCCCGCCAUCCAUAUCAAGGGUGCCCUCAUGCUACCCAAACUUGUC